AAGGCCAGGACUUUAGUCAUUAGGCUACCGCACCAGGGAUGACUUGCUUUAUAAAGUAGUUUAAGUAAAUACACUGGUGGUUUGUGCACCUUAUUUAUGACUCGAAAAUAAGUGUUAACUUGAGCUCAAUUAAGUUGAUAGUUGAUACAUUGCAUUGAAAAUAUGAUUUUAUAGUUACUUUAGUUGUUGUCUUAUCCAUUAUAAUGUGUGAUGAAUAUAUUAAGAAAGUAUACACCUCAAACCUGUUAAAAUAAUAGGCACUAUAUUGAGACUGUGUAAUUCUAACAAGCAUUUCGUAAUUCAGGUGAAUGGUUCAAUGUUAUGUGGAAUUUUGAUUAAGCCCUUUGUUUUUGAAUCCUGAUUUCUAAAAAACUAUAAAAUGUUGAAAUUGGAUCCAGUCACUUUGUGAAUUUUGUGUGCUGUUUACUGGGAAUUAGUCAUAAUGUAGGAACAGUUUAGACUGAUGGGGAAUUGGAUCAAUGCAGAAUCCAAUCAGCCCAACCUAAGGGGUUCAUGGACAGUUUGUGAGCCUAUUAGUUAAAUAAAUGCAUGGGCUUGAAAUGCAGUUGUCUUGAUUCAACUGCUGCUUUUUCUGUGCCUCAGCUGGAUACUCUGUCAAAUGGAGAUGAUAUUGGUUCCUACUUCUUGCUGGUGUUGUGGGGACUAAAAUUACCGCUGUCUGAGAAGUCCUUAGCGUCCUCUCUGUGCUCAGCACACAGAAACCUUGCAUUUUGGAGUCAGUGGCUUACCUCAAUCAGCCAAAGAAGAUUAUGAACAAGAAUAAGAGCAGCAACAGGUUCAUAGAACUUGGCUUUUGCAGGAAACAACGGGUAAUCUGGUGUUUUUUGAACACGAAACAUUUGGAGCACAAAGGCAGAAGUGAAUCCAGGGUGUGGGUGGAGACCAGGUCCCGGAACUUCUGUCUGUUUUUUCCCCAGGUUGAUCUCUAUCACCGAAUAAUAUUUGUCACAAAGUAGAUAUUAAAUACAAAUGUUUUGCAUGAAGCAAUAAUUUGGAUGCUAUACUGUGUCCUCUAAAUGACACAGAGCCUCUGAAACAUUUUGUGAAAAUGUUGUCCUAGUGUGGAAUUGAUUAGAGGGGGUGAAAGAUAGGGUUAGCAAAGCCAGCCAAGAGGGUAGGAAAGAAGACAGGCUGGAACAAAGACCCUGAGUGUGGAGAAGGGCGGCCAGAAGUAUCAGUCACAGUGAAUAGAACCAGGAAUAGGUGAAAUCAGACUGAUACACCCUGUGCUUUCUUUUUAGCCGUCUUGUCAAUAUCCCCCAUGUCUGCUGAAUAUAUAUGUAUUUUGUUUCUCUUCUAGGUCAGUUCUGAUCACUGUUGAGUGUUUUGCUCCAGCAUGCUGAGAGCUAAGACUCAGCUGUUUUCACUUUCACCCCAUUGCCUGAAGGGGAUAAAAGAGUCAAGGAGCUCCAGGCUAAUCAGGACACGGUGUCUGCAUCAGCAACAACCACUUCAUCCAGAAUGGGCUGCCCUUGCUAAGAAGCAGCUGAAAGGCAAAAACCCAGAAGACCUAAUAUGGCACACCCCAGAAGGCAUCUCUAUAAAGCCCUUAUAUUCCAGGAGGGAUACUCAGGACUUACCUGAAGAGCUUCCCGGAGUAAAGCCAUUCACACGUGGGCCAUAUCCCACCAUGUAUACCUUUAGGCCUUGGACUAUUCGCCAGUAUGCUGGCUUUAGCACCGUGGAAGAGAGCAACAAAUUCUAUAAGGAUAAUAUUAAGGCUGGUCAGCAAGGAUUAUCGGUUGCCUUUGAUCUGGCAACACACCGUGGCUAUGAUUCAGACAAUCCCCGAGUUCGUGGUGACGUUGGAAUGGCUGGAGUUGCCAUUGACACCGUGGAAGACACCAAAAUCCUUUUUGAUGGAAUUCCUUUAGAAAAAAUGUCAGUUUCCAUGACCAUGAAUGGGGCAGUUAUCCCAGUUCUUGCAAAUUUUAUAGUAACUGGAGAAGAACAAGGAGUACCUAAAGAGAAACUCACUGGUACAAUCCAAAAUGAUAUCUUAAAAGAAUUUAUGGUCAGAAAUACUUACAUUUUUCCUCCAGAGCCGUCCAUGAAGAUCAUUGCUGACAUCUUCCAGUACACAGCACAGAACAUGCCAAAAUUCAACUCAAUUUCAAUUAGUGGAUACCAUAUGCAGGAAGCAGGGGCUGAUGCCAUUUUGGAGCUGGCCUAUACUAUAGCAGACGGACUGGAGUACUGCAGAACUGGACUGCAGGCUGGCCUCACAAUUGAUGAAUUUGCACCAAGGUUGUCUUUCUUCUGGGGAAUUGGGAUGAAUUUCUACAUGGAAAUAGCAAAGAUGAGAGCUGGGAGAAGACUCUGGGCUCACUUAAUAGAGAAAAUGUUCCAGCCUAAGGACUCUAAAUCUCUUCUUCUACGAGCACAUUGUCAGACAUCAGGAUGGUCCCUUACUGAACAGGAUCCUUACAAUAAUAUUGUCCGCACUGCAAUAGAAGCGAUGGCAGCUGUGUUUGGCGGGACUCAGUCCUUGCACACAAACUCUUUUGAUGAAGCUUUGGGUUUGCCUACUGUGAAAAGUGCUCGGAUUGCCAGGAACACUCAAAUUAUCAUUCAAGAAGAAUCUGGGAUUCCCAAAGUGGCUGACCCUUGGGGAGGCUCGUACAUGAUGGAGUGCCUCACUAACGAUGUUUACAACGCCGCUUUGAAGCUCAUCAAUGAAAUUGAGGAAAUGGGUGGAAUGGCUAAAGCUGUUGCCGAGGGAAUACCUAAACUCAAGAUUGAAGAAUGUGCCGCCCGAAGACAGGCUAGAAUAGAUUCUGGUUCUGAAGUAAUCGUUGGAGUCAAUAAGUACCAGUUGGAAAAAGAAGAAUCUGUAGAAGUCCUGGCAAUUGAUAACACUUCAGUGCGUAACAAGCAGAUUGAAAAAAUCAAAAAGAUCAAAGCCAGCAGGGAUCAAGCGGUGGCUGAACGCUGUCUUACGGCACUAACGGAAUGCGCUGCCAGUGGAGAUGGGAAUAUCCUGGCUCUUGCGGUGGAUGCAGCUCGUGCAAGAUGUACAGUUGGAGAAAUCACAGAUGCCAUGAAGAAGGUGUUUGGUGAACAUAAAGCUAGUGACCGUAUGGUAAGCGGAGCCUAUCGCCAGGAAUUUGGAGAAAGUAAAGAGAUAACAUCUGCUAUAAAGAGGGUUCAUAAAUUUAUGGAACGUGAAGGUCGCAGACCUCGUCUUCUUGUGGCAAAAAUGGGACAGGAUGGCCAUGACAGAGGAGCAAAAGUCAUCGCUACCGGAUUUGCCGACCUUGGUUUUGAUGUCGAUAUAGGUCCUCUUUUUCAGACUCCCCAUGAAGUGGCCCAGCAGGCUGUGGACGCAGAUGUACAUGCUGUGGGUGUGAGCACACUGGCUGCCGGUCACAAAACCCUGGUGCCCGAACUCAUCAAAGAGCUCAACUCCCUGGGACGGCCAGAUAUUCUUGUCAUGUGUGGAGGGGUGAUACCACCACAGGAUUAUGACUUCUUAUUUGAAGUUGGUGUUUCUAAUGUAUUUGGUCCUGGGACUCGAAUUCCAAAGGCUGCCGUUCAAGUACUUGAUGACAUUGAGAAAUGCUUGGAAAAGAAGCAGCAAUCAGCAUAAAAUGCUGGUCUCAUUUUUUUUUUUCUCCUAAAAUGUUCUUUUCAUAAUAAAAAGAAUAAGUUCUUAAUUCCAGUUCAGUUUCAACAACUGAUACGUACUUCACUCAAAAGCUUUACUCUGAAAUUCCUUACUUGCAAGAAUAUUGUCAUGCUAUAAGCAUGCAGAGUUGCACUUCAAAAGAAAUUUAAAAUUUUUUAAAAACCCUCCAGAGUAAUACUUUAUUAGAAAAUGGCUCUAUAUUUACAAAUCAUGGUGAUUAUUUAUUGGAAAUGUUUCUUAUACAUUUGCUGUUAAGAAUUAAGUUUUAUCCAACAAAAAAAUCUGAGUAGUUCAGUUCUUUAAGUUAGCAAUACAUUGAUUUGAAUAGAAGAAAAUGAAACUCAGACAUUAGCAAAAUAAUGCCUGUUUGGAAAAGGAAUAGUGGAGAAUACUUAUGUUUAAGCCGAUUAUGCUUGUAAAUUUUAACUACAUUAUCGGAUUUGCAAAACAGGCACAGCAGAUUGGAAUAGAUAAAUGGCAGAAUAUUUCUGCAAGUCUGAUUUUACUUGGUUCCUCAGCUUGAGCAUGUGACCUUGUUAUUGCUGAGGUUGGCUCAAAACUCAGGAGAGUAGAUGUUUCUGACAAUUCUCUUAAGUACAUGUGCUUAGGGUGUUAGUACAGCUUCUCCCAGAGUGACAUGCAAGCUGUGAGUGUGUCAGGAAGAGGCCGCCUUGUACAAUUUGCUCCCCAAUGAUAAGCCACAAAAAUAAAAUAUCACAAAGCAAUCCUGUGCUAUGCUGUUAAUAAAAUUUGCUUAUUUAAUAAGGAAAAUUGUUUUAUUUUCUUAAUAUCAGAUAUUAAGUGAUAAAACAAAUUCUUUUGUAAUUUUAUAUUUUAUUACCUUAGAAAAUAAUCUUUUGCUGGGUAUUAUGCACACAUAUAGCUGUGAAAGUUGUAAGCUGCACUGUAACAUAGCUUGUUUUAAUUUUUAGAACACAAGUAUUAGAAAGGUGUUCAGAUUAUUCCCAUUUUACAGAUAAGUGGUAUGGCUUCAAGUGCAAUGAUAUAUUUACUUUAGCAUUUUCUUUGCUUUUUCUUAUAAAGAAAUGCAUGUGGAUUCAGUAGGUGCUUGGUUUCUGUGAUGUGUUCAGUUCUUUUCUAAGCAAUAUGUGAAAUAAAUUAAUUCUUUAAGGUAUUUGUGCCAGUUGACA